AUGCCCGAGUCGCCGUGGUGGCUGGUCAACAAGGGUGACACGCAGGAGGCCGCUAGAUCUCUAAGCCGUCUCGGAUACGAUACUGUCCAGGCCGAGAAGCGACUUUCCGUUAUUACUCGGACUCUUGCCGAGGUGCGUAAGGAAACUGAGGGUGCUAGCUUCGCCGAGUGCUUCCGCAAGCCAAACCUUCGCCGAACCAGCAUUUCUGUUGCUCCCUUGAGCAUACAAGCUUUGUGUGGCGCUUUUUUCGUCUCCGCUUACUCAACAUACUACCAGCAGCUUGCUGGAUACUCUGCGAAAAAAAGCUUUACACUUGCAAUUGUACAACAGGUUCUCUCUAUGCUCGGGAAUAUCACCUCCUGGUUCCUUAUUGACAAGGUCGGUCGCCGCGGCCUCACAUUUUGGGGCAUGUGCACAUUCACCAUCCUUUUGAUGAUAACCGGCGGUUUGGCUGUCACGUCCACACCUGGAGCUAUAAAAGUAGCUGUUGCUUUGCUGUUGGUGUAUUGCUUCAUCUACAAUAUUACAAUUGGCGCGGUAGCCUACUCUCUAUUGACCGAAAUCGCAACUUUGCGUCUUCGAGCCAAGACUGCAGCCAUUGCUCUAGCUCUUCAAAACGGACUCUUCACUAUGUGGGCAUUUAUUAUCCCAUUCCUUUUUAAUCCCGAUCAGGCAGACCUUGGAGCCAAAGUGGCAUUUAUAUUUGGUGGCCUUUUGGUAUUAUCCACGGUAUAUCUCUGGUUUUACCAACCUGAAGUUGCUGGAAGAUCAUAA